UUUACCUGCUGUUAUUACUUUAUCUCUGUGAUAUGAAGUUUAAUAAACCAUAUUUGAGUGUAAUAAUAACAUCUAAUUAAAUAUAUAUAAAUCAAUAUCCUUUUUUUCUGCCAUGACAGCCAGUGAGAAUGGAGAUGAGGUCAAUAAACUGGAUGAACUGUAAGAUGGUCGUACACAGUGUGGUAGAGAUGACCACAGCUGCAGAGAUCUUUAAACAGUACAUGAAGUACUAUAAUGAUUUUGGAGACAUUAUUAAAGAGACACUUAGCAGGACCAGGCAGAUGGACAGAAUACAAAGUGCAAGGACACUUGUUCUUUGCUUACAGCCGCUUUUUCUCAGGUUAAAACAAGAGCAAGGCAGCAGCAGUUGUGGAUCAUCCAUCCAGACCAUCAGCACAAUUAAGGAGCUUGCUAGACGUUUCUCCCUGACCUUCAGCUGGGAUCAAAUCAAAUCUAGAGAAUCCGUAGCCAUGAUGCACAAGUAGGUUCAGGGAAUUCUGUUUUCCCUGUGACUAUGGCUUGACGUUAAAUCUUCCAUUUAUGUUUGCAGGGUCAAAUGGAUGUAAACGCA